UCGAUAGUCAGCUAGCUAGCUGCUAGUGGUAGCUAGUACAAUCACAUUUUGAGGUGCAAGUGCAAUGUGCACCAGCAGCUUGAAGCUGUGGAGGGCGAUGGUGAGGGUGCACUCGGCGUCGUCGCAGGGGCUGGGCCUCGGCGCGGCCGGGCCCGUCGCUCCACCACCUGAUCAUCACCAGCCAGCGGCAGCGGCAGCGGCGGCGGUACGGCCACGGCCACGGCGGGUGCACGGGCAGCCGGAGGUGUUCACCAUCUGGAUGAAGUCGCUGGUUCUCAACGGCAGCGGCUGCACCGUCUACGACUCCGCCGGGAGCAUCGUCUACCGCGUCGACAACUACGGCGCCCGCCGCGCCGCCGACGUCUGCCUCAUGGACGUCGCCGGCAACGUCGUCCUACAGAUACUCAAGAAGAAGGUGACCAAACUUAUAUUUAUUAAUUAGAUAGCUAGAGAGCUCUUCAAAGAACGUAAUAAA